AUGGCCGACUCGAGUUCAAAUGAGAAUACUUGCGUAGUGUGUUUCAAGAACGUUUUGUACUAUUCGAUUGGCGAAUGUGACCAUCCCGUAUGUUUCGAGUGUUCUACCCGAAUGCGGGUCCUUUGCCUGCAAAAUGAGUGCCCUAUCUGCCGGCAGGACCUUUCAAGGGUUGUGUUUACGGAUUCCAUCCAACCCUAUAAAGAGCUCCGCAACAGGGCGUUCUCCGACCGCCUCUUUGAGAGGCAGUAUAAGAUUGGGUUCUGUAAUGAGGAUAUAAAACAGGCUUACGAGCGGUUGCUUGAAAACCGCUGUAAGAUCUGUGACAAGAUACCACCAUUUCGUACUUUUAGUAUGCUGAGUGAUCAUAUGAGGAAAAUCCAUGAGAGAUACUUUUGUGAUCUCUGUGUUAAGCAUUUAAAGAUAUUUACUAUGGAGAGAAAGUGCUAUACUCGUCAGGAGUUGGCCCAUCAUCGGCGGAGAGGUGAUGUGGAUGAUACGUCGCACAGGGGCCACCCUCUCUGUGAGUUCUGCGAGGAACGGUUCAUGGAUGCCGAUGAAUUAUACCGGCAUUUGCGUAAGGAACAUCUGUACUGUCAUUUAUGCGACGCUGAUGGACGUAAUCUGUACUAUGCGUCCCAUUCGGCGCUUGCGCAUCACUUCAGGACCGACCAUUACCUUUGUGAGGAGGGGGAGUGCGCCGGACAACACUUGACUGCCGUCUUUAGAAGCGAAAUUGAUCUGAAAGCGCACAAGGCGACGGUGCACGGGCGAGGCAUGCCGCGCGGCGCGGCCCGCCAGGCGCGCACUCUAGAGCUACAGUUCAACAUCACGCCGCACCCCGUCGUGCAGAGGACGCCCAGGGAUAGAGACAGAGAGAACAGAGAUCGGAGAGAGCAAGAGCCCGUACUAGCCCCGCCGCCGCCGACGCUGACUCAGGCGAACAUCGACACUGGGAGCGUGGAGCAGUUCCCGCGACUGUCUGCCGCCCCCCCGGCGCCUGGACUUGUACUUUCCGCACCCACACGCGCUUAUAAAAGUGUGGAUGGUCUGCUGCGUAAUGAUAAGAACUUCCCAGCGCUGGACGGAGCGGGGCCCUCGCGAGCUCCGAAGCCCGUCGCCACGACACCUACUACUGUGGCUGCCACCAUCGUUAGAAACAGUAAGCCCAGCGUAUCAAUUCAGUUGCACAGCCAGCCAGCCAGCGCCAGCAACUUCCGACUGACGCAGACUAGUGGACAUCGCAUAUCUGUGCCGCCGCAGCAGAAGAAGCCGCCGGCCAUGAUGAACGAUGACGACUUCCCCUCUCUCGGCCUCGCCAGAGACGACCAUCCCAGCCUCGGCGCCGCCACCGUACAAGCGCCUAAAGUUGCUAUUAUCAACAGCCAAGAGAUGCAAGCACUAAAACAUAACCACGUCCACUCACACCCAAAGAAAGCCCAGCUUAGCUCGGAAGCGUUCCCCGCUCUGUCGUCCACCGCGGCGCCCGUGGCCCCGCCGCAGUGGAUCACGGUGUCCAAGUCCAAAGACAAACAGAAGCCGAGCAAGCCCGAGCCGCCGCCGCAGCCGCGCGAGCCUAGCUUCAACGCCGUCGCGGACUUCCCCACACUACCCGUCAAUGUAUCCAAGGCCAAGAAGAAGCAACAACCGCUUCAACAACCGCCGCAACAACCGCCGCCACCUCAAAACACAAAUGAUAACACUAAACUUAGUAAAAAGGAAAAAAAGAAACAAAAUAGUAAAAAGGAAAAUUUAUUGGACGCUUAUAAUGUCAACGGAACCAACGAUAAGAAGCUACUGAGGGAGUCGUACGCUUCCGUCAAUGCUAACAACAAUAUUCAGUCUGUAGAAGAUAAAAAGGUUAAGACCGUGGACACUGUACCCAGUGGUACAGUCAAUCCGGAGCGGAAUAGAAACGGAGGCAAUGGAGAUUUUAGUUUAGCUGACAAGGAUUACCCGCCGCUUAGCUCUCGAAGCGAGAACUGUAUUCCGAACAAGAAGAUGAUGAACGGGAGCGUCCCGCCAGGUUUUAAGCCGCGCCCGCCUUGCGACGGCAUGACGUUCACCAACUCGGCCGGCCAGACCUUCAGCGCCCCGCUACACACGUACAUCCCGCCGCCCAACUUCGAGCACAGGAACCGCGCGCUCGUGAAGAAGUUCUCGGUGGCGCUCGGCGGAGACGCGGCCGUCGAGGACUUCAAGGUGGCCUCGCGCGCCUUCCGCGACAGCUCCAUCAGCGCCGAGCAGUUUCCACGAGCACUGCCGCGCGGCGCUGGGCGCGCAGUGGGAGCACGUGCUGCCGGAGCUGGUAGCGCUGCUGCCCGACAUCGCCAAGCAGCAGGAGCUGGUGGUGUCGCGCGCGCACGGGCUGGCCGUGUGCGCAGUCUGCGGCCAGCUGCUGCAGCCGGCGGACGCGGCGCCGCACCACGCGCACCACUGGCCCGCGCUCUCCGCGCCUCGCUAGCGCGCCGCGCCCGCUCAUGUCAAACUGUUCGCUACUAG